UGGAGUCCUGUUUCCACACCCUAGCAGACAGUUUAAUUCUACGCGUGUAAUAAAACGUGCAUCUUGUUUAUUUUUAACCCUGAAUUUGUCAUAAAGAUGGAGAUUAACGGAAGCGCUGACAGAGAGAACCGAGGGGAGGUCCCCCAUCCAGGCGAACGGCUUGCCGCCCGCCCCUCCCUCCUCCUGAACAAGAACCACUACGCCAACAAGAAGAGCGCGGCAGAGAGCAUGCUGGAUGUGGCCCUGCUCAUGGCCAAUGCCUCCCAGCUGAAGGCUGUCCUGGAGCAGGGUCCAGACUUCUCCUUGUACACCCCCCUCAUCACUCUUAUCUCCAUCUCUCUCAGCCUGCAGGUCACCGUGGGGGUUCUCCUCAUCUUCAUCGGUGAGGAAGAUCGCUGUCUCGCUCCCUGGGGGACAAGUGUAUGUAAUGCAUCAGUUUUUCAGGUUGCAUCAAACAGGCCUACGCAACACCAUUUCAUGCGAGACCCAUGGAAUGGUCUGGACUCGUGCAACACGAGCCCUGCUCAGAGGCAGAUAUUUAUGAGAGUGCGAUGGAACCUGAAUGACCAGAGUAAGCAUUUUAGGCUGAAUGUAAUGGAGAGCGUAGCCACAGGCCUCGUCUUUAUCAUCGUUGUGGUCAACGUCUUCAUCACUGCCUUGGGAGUGCAGAGACCCAGUCAGAGCAGCUGAACCGGAAAAGGAUGCAGAACCAGCCACGUAUGACACACACACACACACACACACACACACACACACAUCUCCCCAUCUCUCCAUUCUCUAUCACACAGUCAGUGUUUGUACAUAACCUCAAAAGGUUUGUCAGUCACAUUUAAUAUUUACAGUACCAGUCAAACGGUUGGAAACACCCCUUCUACAGAACCAGUCAAUAGUUUGGACACAACAUCAACUUCAACGGCUAAGUGUGUUAUAACAUUUGACUGGUUCUGCAUAUUUAAGUCAUUAGCAGACUCUCUCAUCCGGAACGACUUACAGCGAUUGCAUACCACCAUAACAUUAUGCUGGUACGCGGGACAACCAUGUAACUCAGCCCUAAACACAUUUCCCCCUCCGAAAAGACAGCCAGUGACUCAGCAGCUUUCCUCUAUCUAGACCACUCUCACACACACCUCCCUGACACAAAAACAGUUCCAGGGCUCCCCAGAAACCUGCACUAGAAACACCCCGGACAGAACAACUGUUAACUUACCAGUCCACAACCCUUUUGUCCCAGUGACUGGUUGAGAGGUUUGCUUUGAUAACCAUUGCUGUGUGUUUGGCUAGGGGGACCAACAGAAGGAUCAGGACUACCGCCAGGGACCAUGUGACACUGUCACCGCUCUGCCCCCCCCCCAGCAUUGAGGAAUACCAAGAGUGGGGUUUACAUUUUUUAUCACAUUUAUGACAUGGAAAAGAGGCUUUUCCAGACAGUUGAUGUGAAAACUGCUCUGUAAAAAAGCUGUAAUGGCACAAGAUCAAGGGGUUGCUCUAUCCAUGCUGGUGGCACCUCUGAACAUCUUUCUCUUGAGUGAUGCACACCCAGGAGCUGUGAGGGGGAGAGCAUGUGUGGUCAUUUUGGCUGAAUGUGUGGUGACUCACUAUUCUCAGAUGCACAUAGAGAGGGAACUGCUAAUUAAAGUGUGACCCAUGAUUAGAUGGUGUCACUGAACUGUCACUGUGAUCUCCCAUCCCUUCCUCAGACUCCGAUUUAACAUGCAGCCUCCAGUAGACUGCUGGUGGACACUCACGGAAUAAAAUCCAUUUCCAAAGUUUUGGUUUAACAAAACUUUAAGAUGGCAUCCCAGUCCUAGGUGUGACAGGGAACACCUGCACGUGCUAUGCAUUUAUGGAGAAGAAGGCAAACUACAACUAAUGACAAGUUUCCCUCUUUUCUUUCCCAUAGGUGCCGUCUGUAACCAUGGAAGCACGCAGACAGAUCCAUAUUGUGACAUGAAUCAAUGCCGAGUCGGGCCGUAAGCCCUGUUUAGACUCGGUUCUGAUAUUGCCCGCCCCUUUUCUUGAAGUGAUUAAAACACUUGUUGUGAUCUGAUUCUUCUCUGAUCUGUCUGAGUGGUUUAAGGCUAUGCCUCUAGUACACAUAGACCGCAGCCCUGUCGGUUACAUUACGGACCGCUGCUUCAGCACAUUCUGACCCAUCUUUCUUUCUGUCAAAUUAAGCAUGAUAAUCCAUAGUACAUACGAAAAAUUAAAGAUCAGGCCGAGAUCGUCUGGUAUCUGGUCAGCUGCAAAUGAAUACCCACGAGUUGGUUGGAGGAGCCAGUCUCUGGAACAGAAAUAUUGAAGAUAUUUCAUAGGCAAGAGGCAUCCUGAUUAUCCUGAAUGCAGAUCUUGGGACUACUGAUAGCUGUCUACUGGGAAUCAAACAGAUCAGUCACCACAGAGACAUUGUCCCCAACCGUCUGGAACAACACUCCAGCACUCAACCCCAUUGUGACCUGCCUGCCCCCACCCCCGUGCCGUCUGCCUGGGCUCUUCCUACAGACAGCAGCUGACAUGGAAACAGACAGAAGACUGCAUCUACGACAGUGAACAGAACCUAGACUCUGCCUACCAUCUAUGCCACGGUAACCAAUCAUUAAAUGGAGAAGCUACCUUUCAGGACAUCCAGAACUGGUUGUAUCUAAGGCUAGCUACCCCCCAACCUGUCCACUUCCAUCACAUAUUGAAAAUAUUCCUGUAUAAAGCUACACUGGCACUUUUGGGUGUCUUCAUAGCAGCUCAUUUCACUGUCCUUCUUCCCACAUCAGGGUACUGGGCUAGUUCAGGAGUGCCCUCCAGUGGUAUAUUUGGUGCAAUUGCGCGAGAUCUCUGUAUUGAAUUAUGUCACGUCAGCUUUAACACAGGUCUACCUCCUGCUCUGGAAGCAGCAUUUAACAUUCUAAGCAUCUUCCUGUUCCUUGAAAAAAGUACCUAAUAAAUUUGCCUAAUGAAUGUUUUUUAAUGUAUCCAACAUACUCCCAACAGAUUUAUGUGGAUUUGUUUGUGGUGAAAUACAUUCUGGCUAUGCUUUCAAAAAUGCCAUCUCUGUAAACCACUCAGUUUAAUUUGGCAUUAGUGUGAAGUUGUCGAUUUUAGGUUGUAGUUUCCCAACCCUGAUUUUCAAAGUG